CCCAACGACAGCGAAAAGCUACGCCAGCCUGUACCAUGCAGUCGGGAGACGAGGACACCACGGGAGUAUCGAUUUUCUGGUGUUUUUGUAUGUAAAAGGAGGCUCUGUUGACCCAGUCCUCUUUUUUUCCACGGCAUCUGAACUACUGGGACACUACCGCAUUGGCAUUAAUUUGACAUACCUACACACACGCACCCACUCACCCACUCAUCCACCCACUCUCGAACAGCAACACGGUUAUUGGAACAGGUUUUUCGGAGCCCCCACUCCGGUGGCAGAGACGGCGAAGGAGUUUACUCGGGCUCUUGUGACAGAAGAUUCGGAAUCAUGGAUUUACAUUUCUUUUCGGCGCGAAUUUAUUGGUGGAGGAUUCUGUUUCUCCUGAGCGUGUUCCAGGACUACUUGAGUACUAUGCUGGACUGCCCGCCUCCGUGCACUUGUUCCAACACGCAGAUCAAUUGCAAUAAGUCGGACGAUGCGAAAAUCUUUCCCAUGCUUGCUCCUCAAGACACCGUGAACGAGGGAAACAGCACAAACGUAACCUCCAUCAUCACCACCAUAGCCAUUGACGGAUGGUCAAAAAUGGAGACACUGAAAGAAGUGGAUAUGGAGCUCUACACUGGACUACAGAGCCUAACCAUCACCAACAGCAACCUGAGAGAGAUCAAGCCCGGGGUCUUCAAGCAGAACCCCAACCUGCGCUACAUAAAUCUGUCCAGGAACCCCCUCCUGAGGACUCUGGCAUGGAAUCUUUUUCACAGCCUGCCACUCGUAGAGCUGCGACUGGACGAGGUGCUGUUUCAGUGUGGCUGUGGUAUCCGCUGGCUGCAGCUCUGGCAGCAGAGGGGGGAGGCGGGGCUUCAGAGCCAGCAGCUCUACUGCUCAUGGGAGGACACGCCCACACACCGCGUUCCCCUUCAGGCCAUGAACAUCACACACUGUGACAUGCCGGAGGUUGCUGUGACCCAAAACAACAUCACGGUAACGGAAGGUGACAAGGUGGUCAUGUUCUGCAAUGGCACAGGGAUGCCUGUCCCAGAGGUGGACUGGAGGGUGGGGGGCCUCGAAACAGUCAACCACCACCAGGAGUCCUUUGUGGACGUUUACAACGUCCAUGCCCUCAAGCUGACCAUGGAGAACAUCAGCAGAGAGGACAACAACUUCCUGCUGAACUGCGUGGCCGAGAACAGCGUGGGCAUGAUCAAUGCCACUGUGCAGCUCUUUGUGCAAUUCCCCCCGACCAUCAUCAAGCUGGACGAGCCGGAGCGCCGCCACCACACCUGCAUCGAGUUCACGGUGCGCGGCUACCCGCACCCCACGCUGCGCUGGCUGAAGGACGGCCAGGAGCUGGAGGAGACCCAGUUCGUCCACACGGAGAUGGACGUCUACAAGGACUACCUGGAGGGCUGCCUCACCUUCCGGGACCCCACGCACCACAACAACGGCAACUACACGCUGGAGGCAGGCAACUUCCUGGGCGUGGCCAGCAAGACGGUGCAGGGCCACUUCCUGGACCCGCCCUUCGACUAUGACGAUUACGGAACUCCAACGCCGACCAUGGCUGUAACUCACCGGCCAGAGGAGGACACCUUUGGGGUGUCCAUCGCGGUGGGCCUGGCCGGCUUCGCCUGUCUGCUCCUCCUCAUCAUGUUUGUGCUCAUCAACAAAUAUGGCCGCCGCUCCAAGUUUGGCAUGAAAGGUCCUGUGGCAGUGAUAAGUGGUGAGGAAGACUCCGCCAGUCCUCUUCAUCAUGUGAACCAUGGCAUCAUCACUCCGUGCACGCUGGACGCAGGGCCAGACGCUGUGGUGAUCGGAAUGACCCGCAUUCCCGUCAUCGAGAACCCGCAGUACUUCAGACACGGCCACAACUGCAACAAGCCGACCACGUAUGUGCAGCACAUUAAGCGGCGAGACAUUGUACUCAAGAGGGAGCUGGGCGAGGGGGCGUUUGGGAAGGUCUUCCUGGCAGAGUGCUACAACCUCAGCCCCACCAAGGACAAGAUGCUAGUGGCCGUCAAGACUCUGAAAGACCCAACCUUGGCAGCGAGAAAGGAUUUCCAGCGAGAGGCUGAGCUAUUGACCAACCUUCAGCAUGAGCACAUUGUCAAGUUCUACGGAGUCUGUGUGGACGGCGAUCCUCUCAUCAUGGUGUUCGAGUACAUGAAGCACGGAGACCUCAACAAGUUCCUCAGAGCCCAUGGUCCAGACGCCAUGAUCCUGGUGGACGGGCAGCCCCUGCAGACGAGUGGGGAGCUGGGUCUCUCCCAGAUGCUGCACAUCGCCUCCCAGAUUGCGGCGGGGAUGGUCUACCUGGCCUCCCAGCACUUUGUGCACCGCGACCUGGCCACGCGCAACUGCCUGGUGGGCAACGGCCUGCUGGUGAAGAUCGGAGACUUCGGCAUGUCCAGAGACAUCUACAGCACUGACUACUACAGAGUUGGAGGCCACACGAUGCUGCCCAUCCGCUGGAUGCCCCCUGAGAGCAUCAUGUACAGGAAGUUCUCCACGGAGAGCGACGUCUGGAGCUUCGGUGUCAUCCUGUGGGAGAUCUUCACCUACGGAAAGCAGCCCUGGUUCCAGCUGGCCAACAAUGAGGUGAUUGAGUGUAUCACUCAGGGCCGGGUGCUGGAGAGGCCGCGCGUGUGUCCUAAGGAGGUGUAUGACAUCAUGCUGGGCUGCUGGCAGAGGGAGCCUCAGCAGCGGCUCAACAUCAAAGACAUCCAGAAGAUCCUCUUCGCCUUAGGCAAGGCCACACCCGUCUACCUGGACAUCCUGGGUUAGCGCAACGGCAACCGUGGCCUUCUGGGACAUUUGUCUGUCGGUUCGUCCAUUCGUCCGUCCGUCUGUCCUGUCCGUAUGCCCCGCCUGUCCGUCCGUCCGACCGAUCGUUCAUCUCUCCGUCCGUCCGCAUCCAAGAUGGCGGACGCUCUGCAACUGGUCCCGCCUGGAUCCAUAUUGCGCUCCCCUUUCGGAUGAACAACAUCACAUCCCAGGAAUAUCCCCUUCUGAUAACACAACUCUGCUGUUACUACUACUUUCUACACGGGGAGAGACUCAAGUGCCUGCUAAAACCUUUGGUUACACUGAAUAAAGUCUUUAAAAAAAGCA